AUGCACCAAGGAAACCAAACAACUACCUCUGAAUUCUUCCUCCUGGGACUCACGGUAGGAUCUGAACAGCAGCUGAUUGUCUUCAUGCUGUUUCUAUGCAUUUAUCUAAUCACCAUGGUAGGAAACUUACUUGUCAUCCUAGCCAUUGUCAGUGACACUCACCUCCACAGCCCCAUGUACUUCUUUCUUGCCAACCUAUCUUUCACUGACAUCUGCUUCACAACCACGAUAGUUCCCAAGAUGUUGGCAGACAUUCACAGCCAACAUCCAACCAUCUCCUUUGAAGGGUGCCUUACACAAAUGUACUUUUUUAUGUUCCUGUUAGAUUUGGACAAUUUCCUCCUGGCAGCAAUGGGAUAUGAUCGGUACAUUGCCAUCUGUCACCCAUUACACUAUGCUACUUUACUGAAUCCCAAGCGCUGUGCCCUGCUGGUUGUGAUUCCAUGGGUUAUCUCCAGCCUUGUCUCAGUACUGCAUGUCAGUCUGCUGAGCCACUUGACUUUCUGUGAUCAGAGAGAAAUCCCUCAUUUCUUCUGUGACCUGGAACCCAUAUUAAGGCUUGCUUGUUCAGACACCAAAAUCAACCACUUGAUGAUCUUAGCCAUUGGAGGUGCAGUUAUCUUCUUCCCCUUCACUUUCAUUCUCUUAACCUAUGCUUUUAUUGGUAGCACUGUGCUUAAGAUUCCAUCCACCAGGGGAAAAUGGAAAACAUUCUCCACAUGUGGCUCACAUCUCUCAGCUGUAUCUCUCUUCUAUGGAUCCAUUGUUGGAGUCUACUUUCUCCCUUCUUCUGCCUACUCAGCACAAAGGGAUAAGGUAGCUGCUAUCAUGUACACAAUUGUAACACCCACCAUGAACCCACUUAUCUAUAGUCUAAGGAGCAAAGACACGAAAAGAGCACUGAGGAGACUAUUCAGCAGCAAAAAUUUUUUCUGGAGUUGGUGA